AUGAACGUGAAACUUGCGGUGCAAAUACUGUCAAAUUCCGUUGCUGACUGCUGUCUCCGUCGAUACAGAUUAGCGAACGAAGUGGAAUUGGCAACCCAGUUUAAGGAUUCUAAAGCUUUAGAAAAUCUUGUAAGGCUGCUUAACAGUUCCUUUGACAUUAUGAACUCUCGCCGUCCCAUAGAUGGAAUAACUGAUUCCAAUUGGAAUGGCCCCGAUGGCAGACGGGAGGUUUUAGGCAGACUUUUCAAAUGCCUUGAUGACACCGAGAUUGCUGCCUGUGGAGAAUUUCCAAAUAAAGAGAUGGAAGAUGAGCUUCUGUUCGCUUUGUCAGAAUAUUUCAAGAGGGAUUUGCCAAACGGACCACCUACAGAAGAAAGUCUAACCAAACAAUCACGUGAAUUCCCUAUCAUCAGAAUGGCUGGUCGCUGGGGAGAUAAACCGACUGCUGCCUCUUUUCUGGAACUAUUCCGGCUAUUGACCAUGUAUUAUACAACAAAACAGGUGCUGCGUGGGGCGAACUGUGACUCCUUGGAAAAAAAUGAGGUUUUGAGCACCUACAGUGACAGUAUCAAGAAAAGAUUGAACGAUAACAACAAAAAAAUGAAAGAAAGGAGAGAAUAUUUUCGGGAUAUUCUUCUUAAGGGCAUAAUACGGGAAAUUGAUCUUUGCGACGGGGCUUUCAAUGACGACCAUGAGUGUAGUUCUUCUUUGAUUCCAGAAUCUACGAAAAUUGAUGUACUUGAUUCGGAUAUCAUAUAUUACAUCUGUGGAUACAUGGUCCAUUCAUUUCGGCAAAAGGGAAAAACGAAAAAGGAGGUUGGGAAUAAAGGUGCAGCCAGUUGCAUGUCCCAUUUGGUGGAGCGAGCUGGAAACAAAAUAUUUGAUAUCCGGGCCCGUUCCGGGCCCGCCGAUCAAAAUAUUUUCAAAAAAUGGGAAGAGAUCGAUUUCUAA